GUUUAUUGUUUGGUUAACGUGGUUCAAGUGGAAAAAUAUUAAUUUAUAUCUCAACUCAAAACUAAUGUUAAGGUGGGAGGGUCCCUUUAAAGUGUGUUAUUGGAGGUUUGUGCCCAAUUUAUCUUGGUUAAAUACAGCACCCAGCAUUAUGAUUGAGGAGGCUUUGAGACUUCAAGUGGAGGAGGAGUGUUUGAAGAUUGGCUGCUGUGUCCGAUGUGCAAGAAGGUUUACUGGUGAUAGAGUGCUAGACAACUAUGUGAAGCAUACUGUUGAGUCUGAUGCUACACAAGCUGAUGAUGAGCCUCCAGCUAAAAAGGCCAAAGGAGAGCUGUGUAUUUUUUGCUUUGGUGUUCUGGCACCAGGUGACAUUGAAGAUAUUGCCAUGAAGGCGGUGGCCAGUCUAACCGAAGCCGAUUACGACGACCCCGUGUUCACGACGACGCUGUCGAUGCCGGUGUGUAACCUGGUCCGCGACAAGAGCAUCUACGUGCACCUCGGCCGCACUGUGGCCGGCUACACUGACCAGGUGAAGUUCCUCCACCUGCUGCCGCUGAAGGACAUCUGGAAGCACCUCAUCAACGGCUCCAUCGCCAAGGGUAGCGGCAAGUCUGCCGACAACGGCUACAACGCCGAACUGAUGGUGAAUGUCGAGAUGGCUUAUCGUGGCGACCGGCGCGAGAUGGAGGUCAUUUCGAAGCUGCGCCCGGAGCUGCGCGGCCCGGUGACCCGCACCACGGCGGACAGCACCCUCGAGUCGUCCACAGAGGCGGCGCUGGUGCGGUGUCUUCGCCUGCCGCCCGGCCCGCCGGUGGCGCCGCCCACCUACCAGCUCUCCUGUCUGCGCAACGCCAUCUUUGUGGCAGGCCGGUACAACAAGUACAGCCGCACCAUGAGCCAGACGCCCUGGACGGUGGACGGGGCGCGGCGCACCGAGUCAUCGCUGCAGGAGCGCAUCACCGACCGACUCGUCCAGCUCACCAGGUCAGCAGGAGUGCGUUUCUCGGCGUCCGGCCGUGAGGACGUGGACGUGCGGACGUUGGGACGUGGCCGGCCGUUCGUGGCCGAGCUGACCGACCCGCACGUCACGCUGCUGACGCCCAAGGAUCUGCUGGAGCUGCAGCGGGAGAUCAACGCUGCGCAUCCUGAGGUGCGCGUCAGAGACCUGCAGCUGGUCACCAGGGAGCAGACUGCCCACCUAAAGAGCGGCGAGGAGGACAAGACCAAGUCGUACACCGCGCUCGUACAGAGUCUCUCCGGUCCCGUCAGCGCUGACAAACUAUACUCCCUCGCCGACCAUAAGGAGCUGGUCAUCAGCCAACAGACGCCGGUUCGCGUGCUUCACCGGCGACCGAUGGCCACGCGAGAGAAGACGAUCCACUGGAUGAAGGCGGAACCGAUUUCUGAUACCUUGUUCAAGCUGCAUCUUCAGACGCAGGCGGGCACCUACAUCAAGGAGUUCGUACACGGUGACCUGGGCAGGACCGAGCCGAACGUGGGCACCCUCCUCGGGGGCACGUUCGACAUUCUCGCCCUCGACGUCGAGUCGAUCGAGCUCGACUGGCCGCCGGCCAUGCCGGAGAACGAUGGAGAUACGUGAUUUUAAGAUACUCGGCGAGCGACGGACACUUGAUUUGUGGACCGAUCGCCGGUAGGGUUGUUGGGGAUUAAAGUGGUCACGUGAUGUGUCGUAUCAGGCUGGCCAGGCGACCGAAUCGUGGUGAAGUGUUGUGUCUCGAUUUGUUACAUUUUUCUCUGUUCUCUGCUCAGGUUGAAGUGAGCAUUGAUAAAUGAGGCUGUGCACCUUGCCUGGAUGAGCUUCGAGUCGCUUUUCAUUUGGGUAGUAUGCGUUUCGGGUCGGAAAUGUGCCAGGCAGCAGAAUAUGUUGUUGUUUUGUUGAAGCUGUCAUACUCGACCUGGAACAUCGUGUAUUUCCAUUGAUGCUGACGUUUUAAUAAAAAAAGAAAAUGGAGUGUGAAGUCUGCCUUAUGAUGAAAAAAACCUUGCUUUUACUGUCGCCAAUACGGACCCUCGAAGAAUGUCUAGUGACCACUGUCUUCAUAUUAAACCA